AUGCUUCCGGGCCAAACCAUCACAGCAGAGACCUACUGUGAGGAAUUCGACGAAAUAUACCAGAAAUUGCGACUCCACGGCCCGGCACUGGUAAACAGUAGAGAUCCGAUCCUGCUUCACGACAACGUCCGUCCACACGUUUCACAAAUCACCGUAGAAAAAUUAAACGAAUUGAGCGUUGAAGGUCUGCCUCACACACCAUACUGCCCAGACCUCUCGCCACUCGACCAUCAUCUUGUCAAGCACUUUGAUAACUUUCUCACCGAUAGAACCAUCGCCAAUAAGUAUCAGGCAAAACGGCUUUCGUCUACUUCGUCGAAUACUGAGCACGCUAUUUUUAUGCUAAAGGAAUUGAUCGACUUGUGUUACGUUGGCAAGAGUGUACUGAAUCGAAUGGCGCCUAUUUUGAUUGAAUUAAAUAAGUAUUCACUGAGGUAUUACAGCUUGAGGUAG